AGUAGAUUUUAAGCCGCCGCCGACAUAUUUAGUGUCAGUCGCCGCCGCCGUUAAUAUUUGUCGGCGCAGGGCUCUGUGUGCAAAUUUAGUGUAAAUCAGUUUUGAAGGAAAGAACAAAAAAUAAAAUUUAAAUAUAAAUGUAAACUAAUUAAUAAAAGUGUAGUGCAAAGAUAAAUAUUAAAAUGAAGCUACAAGUGAGUCGUCAAUUGACAGACGAACUCAAGCAAAAGCAGACUAUAACCAAUAGUCUAAUAAAUAAAAUAUUAUAUUCAAAAAGAUUGCUGGUCGAUCAUGUUGAAGCGUUAGAGCAAUGUAUGCUUUUUAUGCAAGAUACUCCCUUACCAACAACCACAGCAGCAGCUAAUAGCAGUCAUGAUAAAUGCGAUGGCAAAGACAAGUGCAUUAAUAAACAACAGGAAAUAUUAUGGCCAGAAAUAUUUACUGCACGCAAUGCUUGUAUCUUAUUGGGUAGUACUAUUUUGGAACACCUUAUAACACCACGUGCUUUUCGUUUAACUUUAAUACCCUCCUUGGUCGUGACCGGAGGCUUUAGUGCCUUGUAUGUGGUAAAGAAUGUAUUUGGUUUUCGCAAUAAAUACGUUGAGAGAGAGCUGGAGAAUCUCAUACGAACAAUUGAUGAAUUUGGAAAUUGUAUACGUCGUAAUAUGACCUAUUUCAAUGAGAUUAUUAUCAUGAAACAGCAUGAAUUAAUAGAAUCACGUCAAAUAGAACGUGCUUGGGAUUGUAUUACAGCUGCCAAAGAGGUAACAGAGAUACUUUUUGAAGCAACCCGUAAAUUAGAAACCCAAUAUCCUAUACCAGCACGAUUUUCCCAGUAUUAUGCCCCAAUGGAAGAUUUAAAAGAAUGUGAAUACUUCAAGAACAAUGUCACCGAUUAUAGUCCUAAGCACAUAAAAGAUUUUCAUAAUAUCUUCGCCUACGUACAAUCCCAGUUCCUUUUACGUUUAGCUUUAACCAUAUCGACGAAACCAUCCUUGAGUCAACUUCAUACAGAAUUAGAAAAGAUCGACUGCCUUAUACGACAGCUAGUGCUCGAAGAAGAAAAUCACUUUAAAAAUCUAGCCAUCGAAUUGAACAAAAAGAAAUCAUUAGAAUUGGAAGCUUUAAAUGCCAAUAAAUUAAUUAAAACUCGUAAUGAUCCUAUAGGUGUGCUACAGGAUUCAUCGCUUAAACUGAGUGCCUGUAUGGUGGCCAUGGCUGGUGAAUGCCAAGCCUUAGAUAUCACUUUACAACGCCUUACCGAAACAGAAAAUGAAAAGAAAGACAAUACCAAACAGUUGGUGGAAGUGGCCAAUAAUAUGCGUUCCAUUGAAAAUGCUUUAACGGUGUGUUUCGAUGACUUCCAAAGGCUAAUGUUGGUGUAUAAUAAGUUUCUUAAUAGUAAACUAGAUUUAAAAGAUACACAUAGUGAAAAAAGUGAAAAUAAAUCUCAAGCUACUGAUGAUGAGUUCCCAGAAAGCUUUUUACGCGUUGAAAUCUCUCAAAAUCCUAAUGACAUGGAGAAACGAGAUGAUUUCUACGCAUACAUGUUCGAUGAACAGCAGGCUAAAGCCGAAAGGGAACAAUUGGAGAAGGAAGAACGUGAACGACACAAUGAAGAGUUGGAAAUUUUAAAUUUUGAAAAACGCAUCACCAAAGGAAAAUUCCGACCGGUACUUAAGCAGCUAAAAGAUCGUAUUGAUCCCAUAAGACAAGUAAUGCUUGAAAAAGAACGUGAAGUUCUAGCCUCUAAGGGUAUCAAUGUUGAUGAAUUAUUUGCUAAAGAAGAUGACGAAGAGGAUGAUGAUACGGAUAAGGAACACGACAGUACGGUAGUAUUUAAGGAGGCCUUUGAUGACAGCGAUGAUAGUGAGGGAAGUGCUGAUUUGGAGUUUGAAAGGCGCACUAAAAAACUUAAAGAACGUGAUAAUUUUGCUGAAAUGCGUAAUUUUUUGGCACAAAAACAAAACAUCAAUUUAUUUAAAUUGGAAGCACCGCCAGCAGCGUCAAAUGCUUUGGGUGAUGAGGAUAUUCUGGAGAGUGAAUGCUAAGGAGUGCUCUUUUAUUGUAAUUUUUAUCAUAAAGACCUUAUUUUCUUUUUUUCUUUUGGUAAAAAGUACAUAUUAUUUAAAUAUUUUUUUACUAAGAACAAGUAAUUUGUACAAUAAAGUGAUACAUUUUAGAAAUUUAAUCCAGUUUAAUAAAAUUAUUCUGGUUAAUUUUCUCAAAAUUUGUUUAUAUAUUUGUAUCGAAUUUUUGAUACUAUUAAAAGUUUGAAAGUGUUUUAUUUGAUUUUACAGCAUAUAUAUGUAUAUUAACUGUAAAAUUUGCUUAAUUUAUUGUUCCACAUUUUGCCUAAACUAUUGUACUAAUGCAUUUUAUAUACUUUUUGUUUUGUACAUUAAAUAUUAAAAUAUUUAUUUCAAUAAAGUAAACCAACAAUAAUUCAUUGGUAAUUUGCA